UUAGCCUCGGGCUUUACCCGCUUAGCUCGACCGCCAUGGCAGCAGCUCUGAAGCUUUCAUCUCUUUUCCCUCUCUUCUCUCUCCUCUGCUUCGUCUCCAUCUUCCUCCUCCUCUCUAUUUUCAGAAAAGCCUCCAUUUCCUCUUCUGCUACUCAGCCCAAGUUCAUCCAAUUUAGACCCAUCGAUCCCAUCGCCACACCCCGAUCCGACCCGACUGCAGCCGGCGAUUCUUACUGCGAUUACUCCGAUGGGUCGUGGGUUUAUGACCCAGAUGCGAGAUUUGACAGGUACGACAGUAGCUGCAAGGAGAUAUUCAAAGGAUGGAAUUGCAUUCUGAACAACAAAUCCAACGGUGGAGACAUCGUUAAGUGGCAGUGGAAGCCUCGUGAUUGCCAUCUCCCGCCGUUUGAUCCGAUCAAGUUUCUUCACACUUACAGAGACACCAACAUUGGGUUUAUUGGUGAUUCCUUGAACAGAAACAUGUUUGUUUCUUUGUUUUGCACUCUGAAACGCGCGUCCAAUGAUGUGAAGAAAUGGCGCCCCGCCGGAGCUGAUCGUGGUUUUACCUUUGUUCACUAUAAUUUUACCAUUGCUUAUCAUCGAACUAAUCUUUUGGCUCGUUAUGUUAGGUGGUCAGCUAAUGCAAAUGGUGGUCAGUUAGAAGCCCUUGGAUAUACAGAGGGUUAUAGGGUCGAUGUCGAUAUUCCAGAAAGCACAUGGGAAAAGGCUCCAAGCUUCCAUGAUAUACUGGUCUUUAACACAGGACACUGGUGGUGGGCUCCUUCGAAAUUCAACCCAGUCAAGUCACCGAUGCUUUUCUUUGAAAAGGGUCUGCCUGUGAUCCCUCCCAUACCUCCUGUUGUUGGCUUGGAUAAGGUUUUAAAACACAUGACACAGUUUGUGGAGAAAACCAUGCGACCAGGCGCCAUUAAAUUGUUUCGCACGCAAUCACCCAGGCAUUUUGAAGGAGGCGAUUGGGACCAAGGUGGUUCUUGUCAACGGUUACAGCCUUUGUUACCAGAAGAAGUGGAAGAGCUCUUCUCGUUGAAGAAUAACGGGACGAACGUGGAAACACGGCUCAUGAAUCAGAACCUAUACGAGGCCCUCGAGGGGUCUAGUAUCCUCAUCUUGGAUAUUACCCGUAUGAGUGAGUUCAGAGCAGACGCUCACCCUUCCACUGCCGGAGGGAAGAAACACGAGGACUGCAUGCAUUGGUGCCUGCCUGGAGUUACAGAUUCAUGGAAUGACCUGUUUGCAGCCCAUCUUAACCGUCUUAAAAUUCGAAACUGAAAUCGUGUUCAUUCCGUGUUUCUCAAGCAAUUUAGUAGUUUUGAUUCAUUUAUGGUGAGGAAUCUUGAAUUAACCUCAUUGGUGAGCUCUUCUUGUGUUGUAUUCAGCUUGCAUUACACUUGGUUUCAACCAGUAUUGUUACUGUAGGAUCAUACUUGCAUACC